CUGGAAACGAUUUAACUAAUUAAUCUCCCAGGUAAAAAACCCUCAACAAGUAGCCUAAUUAUAUACCUAUAUGAAUUUCAAUUCAAUGAUCUAUUGAUUCAGAAUUUCACAUCGGAAUCUGACCCACAUCCACCUCCCCUUUUCUUGUCAGUCAUCCAACUCAUCAUCUUCCCUUCAACAUUCUUUUCUUCUGUUCUCCCACCUAUUUAUACCCAUUUUUCUCUCUUUGAAUCUCCCUAAGCCUCUCCCUCUUUUUCCCUCUUUCCAAUCAAUCAUGGACAGCACCAGUAGAAUUACAGAUCUCGAAAGUGCUGUAAAUGAAUGUUCUUACACUACUUUACCAGAUCAUCAUACUCCAUCAGAAGAUUCUUCUUCUGUAAAUGGAUUUAAACCAUUAAAGAGUUUUGCUUAUACUUUUUCGAUCGUUUUGUUUAUUUGUUCUACUGUUUUGGUUUUAGUCGGAGAUCACCAAAGAUCUGAAAUUCUUUAUUCAAUUUUACCACCAAUCAGUAAAAUCACUCCGUCCGUAGUAGUACCGUCAAGAGGUGUUUCUGAAGGUGUUUCAGAAAAAUCUAAUGCCAAUAAUUUGUUCGCUGCUUCAAACCCAUUUCCAUGGACUAAUAAUAUGCUGUCCUGGCAAAGAACAUCUUAUCAUUUCCAACCUCAACGAAAUUGGAUGAAUGAUCCUAAUGGUCCAUUGUAUUACAAAGGAUGGUAUCAUUUCUUCUAUCAGUACAAUCCGGAAGGCGCAGUAUGGGGCAACAUCGUUUGGGGUCAUGCAGUAUCAAAAGAUCUAAUUCACUGGCAAUACCUACCUAUAGCCAUGGUACCUGAUAAAUGGUAUGACAGCAACGGUGUUUGGACUGGCUCAGCAACAAUUUUACCGGACGGCUCACUCGUAAUGCUCUACACUGGAUCCACAAACGAAUCCGUGCAAGUUCAAAACGUAGCAUACCCAGCUGAUCCAAAUGAUCCUCUCCUUGUUGAAUGGGUUAAAUAUGAAAACAAUCCGGUUUUGUUACCACCACCUGGAAUCGGUUCCAAAGAUUUCCGUGAUCCAACCACUGCUUGGAGGACACCAAAUGGAAAUUGGAAGAUAACAAUCGGGUCGAGAUUGAACACAACAUUAGGCAUGGCGGUUGUUUACGAAACACCCGAUUUUAUCAACUACAAAUUGAAAGAAGGAUUAUUGCAUGCAGUUCCCGGUACUGGUAUGUGGGAAUGUGUUGAUCUGUACCCAGUUUCUACUGUCGAUGAAAAUGGACUCGAUACAUCUGUUAACGGACCUCAUGUCAAACAUGUUUUGAAAGCUAGUCUUGACGAUGAUAAAAAGGAUUAUUAUGCACUUGGGGUUUAUGAUGAGGCUAAGGAUGUUUGGACCCCAGAUAACCCUGAAAUAGAUGUUGGGAUUGGACUGAAGUAUGAUUAUGGUCAUUUCUAUGCGUCAAAGACAUUCUACGAUCAGCAUAAAGAAAGAAGGAUUUUGUGGGGUUGGAUUGGUGAGACCGACAGCGAACGAGCUGACGUAGAGAAAGGAUGGUCCUCUGUGCAGGCUGUUCCAAGAGAAGUGACAUUUGAUAAGAAAACCAAGACCAAUUUGAUUCAAUGGCCUGUGGAGGAAGUUGAGGAUUUGAGAUUAUCCAGUAAGAAAUUCGAGGAUGUUAAGGUUGAAACUGGAUCCGUCCUUCACCUUGAUGUUGAUACAGCUACACAGGUAGAUAUAACCGCAGAAUUUGAAAUUGAUGAGAAGGCUUUGGAGGGAGUAAUGGAAGCAGACGUGGGUUACAAUUGUACAACUAGUGGAGGUGCUGCAGGAAGAGGUGCAUUGGGACCAUUCGGAUUGUUGGUGCUUGCAGACGGCAGUCGAACAGAGCAAACAGCCAUCUAUUUUUACAUUGCAAAGGGUGUAGAUGGAAAUCUCAACACUUUCUUCUGCACUGAUCAAUCUAGAUCUUCUAAGGCAAGUGAUGUCAAUAAACAGAUUUAUGGUAGCACAGUUCCUGUACUAAAAGGCGAAAAACUUUCAAUGAGGCUAUUGGUGGAUCAUUCAAUAGUUGAAGCUUUUGCUCAAGGAGGAAGGACUUGUAUAACAUCUCGAGUCUAUCCAACAGAAGCGAUAUAUGGAGCAUCAAGAGUUUUCCUAUUCAACAAUGCAACUGGGGUGAGUGUCACUGCCAAAAAGGUCAAGAUAUGGGAAAUGAAUUCUGCUUUUCUUCAUCCUUACCAUUUCUCAGCAGCAUCAGUAUCACAUGUAACUAGUCUAUAUGUUCUUGCUAUGAUAUUAUUUUCCGGUCUCAUCAAUAUGUUCAUCUUUUAGGUCUUAAAAAGUUAGUCUUCAAUUCAUCAAAAUUAGCUAUUCAUUUGAUCAAUUUUCUUCUUCUCAUUCAUUGUUGUAAUUCUUAAUGGGCUGUGCAAUAUUCCAAUUGUAACGUGAUCCUGUUUCAAAUAUAAUGAAAAUCCAAUUUUUUAGUGCCUUGGAAUAA